AAAGCAUUUUUAGUUUUUACUUAAUAAUAUUUUUGAGUUUUUUUUUUUUUUUUUUUAAAAAAAGAACCCAAAAACCAUUUUGAGAUAAAUCAAUAUUUUUUUUAAUAAAACAUGAUUUUUUUUUUUUUUGAAUACUUUCUGAAUUAACAGAGCCUGGAAAUCUCUAAAACUGAGCCGAACAAACCAAUUGAUUAAAAACUUGAAUACAAAUUGGAUCGAAUUUUCAGACUGGAUCUUUAAAUACUUUUAUAGACAGCCGUAUGUAUAAGAAUUGUUGAAACAACAUUUUAACUUCAAAAAGAAGCAGAUGAGCAACGUCUCAAAAUAGGCAGAUGAACAAAAAGAGACGAGCAGCAGGAGCUCGUCGGAACGUCCUGCAGGUCCUGAACCCUAGCACUCGCCAUCCCGUCCCAGCUUUCGAUCCUCUCUCACAGCCUCCAAGCCUUCUUGGCCGGACAUCUCAGCCUUCAUAGACGAUGAUCUGCGCUUCCUUCUGUCGAGGCUCGAAUUCGAAGCCUCUUCUCUGCCAGUCUACCAGAGGUCCGAACACUCGGGGUCUCUUCUCCGUCCAAGGCUCGAAGGCUCUUCUUUGCUCGACUUCUGCUGUUUUUGAGAUGGGUAACACAAAAGUCAUUGCUGCAGUAUAUGGCCCUAGAGAGAUUGCCCGCUUCAAAGCCGUUAUGCCACCACAGAAUAUUGGAGUGGAUCAUAGGUCAACUUUUGCAUUGGGGGGUAGAAGCACUGAACUUUCUGGUCAACAAAUUGCAAGAGCAGAAGAUAAGCUAAGCAGAGACUGGAGUUUUUCAGGAGGACCCAAAGUUAGCAUUAGACCAAAACUUGCAAGCGUUAGUCUGUAUAGAAAAGGCGUUGGUGUUUCAUGUUGGGCAAGUUCUCAAAUUGCCAAUAGUGCUUUUACCAUGGGAACCGCUGCUGUUCUCCCAUUUUACACCCUCAUGGUUGUAGCUCCUAGAGCCAAUUUGACGAAGAAGUUCACGGAAAGUAGCAUUCCUUAUGUUGUGCUUGGACUUUUGUAUGCAUAUCUUUUGUACCUUUCUUGGACGCCUGAAACGAUAGGAUUGAUGUUUGCAAGUAAAUACUGGCUGCCAGAGCUUUCUGGCAUAGCAAGGAUGUUCUCCAGUGAAAUGACUUUAGCUUCUGCAUGGAUUCAUUUAUUGGCUGUAGAUUUAUUUGCUGCAAGGCAGGUUUUUCAUGACGGACUAGAGAACGAAGUUGAGACCCGACAUUCAGUUUCCUUGUGCCUGCUUUUCUGCCCUAUUGGGAUCAUGACUCAUGUAAUCACCAAAGCACUAACAAAAACACUCAUCAAACACGGCAUGUGAUUUCAGUGCAAUACUGUGAAAAUAUUGGAUUGGCAAGAUGGACAGAAUUGCAAAAAUUUCAGUUGAAUGAACAUGUCAAUUAUUUUCAUCAA